GGGAGGGGGAUUCUAGCCAGCUAAAACUCACAUGGUGGGGAGUGGUAACUCAGGCCAAGCGUGUGUGUGUGUGUGUGUGUGUGUGUGUGUGUAUGUAUGUAUGUAUGUAUGAGAGGUGUGGGGGUCAUAUACUGUAUAGGACAGGCCAGCUAAGUCCUGGCCAGGCCGGAAUCUGUGAUGUUGGAGGAAGCCGGUGCUGCAGCCAGUGUGAAAUAGCUGUCGUGACUGAGGGCUGACAGAGGCGGGGAUUUGCCCGUGUCCUGUGUGGGAGAUGGUGAUGUGGAUUUGUUUUAGGGGAGCCCAGCGUGGAAGAUUCUCAGCUUCCACCCUAGGGCAAGGACUGUGAAAUCGGAAAUAUCCAGGGAGCGCUAUUGGGUGGAGGAGGAGCCAGGGACAGUGAUGUAACCCUGGAAACCGAGAGGGGAGUCACCUUAGUGAAAGAUGAGAGGGAAAGGCCCCAGGGUCGGAAAGCUGAGUGUGCUUGUGCGUGUGUGCUUGCGUGCAUGUGCGUACGUGUAUGCGCGUGUGCGCUGAAGCCGUGAUGUCACUAGGCCCGAGAAAUGGGGUCAGGUGUGUGGGCCAGAGUGGGGUGCUGGGGUGUGCACGCAGAGCGCUCAAGGUUGAAGGGCUGACGUCAUGGGUUGGUGAGGGCGGGGCCUCGAAUGCAGGGUCUGGAAGCUGAGGCGAAGAGCUAGGAGUCUUGGGACUGGAACGAAACCAGCAACCAGGAUGAGCCACUGGUCACAGAGCAAGGACAGAGGAUGCAGUGACACUGGCCAUGGACCAGCCAGCUGGCCUGCAGGUGGACUACGUCUUCCGGGGUGUGGAGCAUGCUGUGCGGGUGGUGGUGUCUGGGCAGGUGCUAGAGCUGGAAGUAGAGGACCGGAUGACGGCUGACCAGUGGCGGGGCCAGUUUGACGCCAGCUUCAUCGAAGAUCUGACUCACAAGACGGGGAACUUCAAACAGUUCAACAUCUUCUGUAACAUGCUAGAGUCGGCUCUCACCCAGAGCAGUGAGUCGGUCACCCUUGACCUACUGACCUACACAGAUCUGGAGUCCCUGCGGAAUCGCAAGAUGGGGAGCCGCUCAGGCCCCUUGGCCUCCAGAUCAGCCCAGCUCAACUCCAAGCGCUACCUGAUCCUCAUCUACUCUGUGGAGUUUGACAGGAUUCACUACCCGCUGCCCCUCCCGUACCAGGGCAAGCCAGACCCUGUGGUCCUGCAGGGCAUCAUCCGCUCACUGAAGGAGGAGCUGGGCCGCCUUCGAGGGCUAGACGGCCCGGAUGCUCGGGACACUCGCGACACGGAGAUCUGGCAUCUGAGGGAGCAGGUUUCACGCCUGGCAUCUGAGAAGCGAGAACUGGAGGCGCAGCUGGGCCAGUCACGCGAGGAGGCUCUGGCCGGGAGGGCAGCGCGCCAGGAGGCUGAGGCCCUGCGUGGGCUCGUCCGGGGCCUGGAGCUGGAGCUGCGGCAAGAGCGGGGCCUCGGACACCGCGGGGUCAGCCGCCGCAGCCAGGAUUGCCGGCGCCUGGCCAAGGAGCUCGAGGAGGUGAAGGCUUCGGAGCGGAGCCUGCGCGCCCGGCUUAGGACGGUGAACACCGAGCUGGCUGUGUACAAGAAGGGGAGACGGACUCCGCCAGUGCCGCAGCCCCGGGCGCGGGAGGAUCAGGCUUCAUCGUCGCGGGAGCGCUCCACAUCGCGUGGUCGCGGUGCGACCCGCUCUUCUUCCCGGGAGAGUGGCCGGGGGGGCCGGGGUAGAGGCCGCCCUGCCCGCCCCUCACCCUCGCCCACAGGUAGUCGCGCGCCACGUUUUGAUCCUACAGCCUUUGUGAAAGCCAAAGAGAAGAAGCAGAGAGAGAUCAAAUUGAGGCAGCAGCAGCAGCGGAACCGACUGGGCAGCGGAGGAAGCGGGGACGGUCCGUCCCUCUCCUGGUCUCGCCAGACUCGGCCCCCCGCUGCAGUGAGCGGCCGAGGGGACGCGGCUCACCGCUCUCGAAACCGCAGCUCCUCGGUGGACAGUUUCCGCAGCCGCUGCUCGUCCGCCAGCUCCUGCAGCGAGUUGGAGGAUUUCUCCGAAUCCCUUCCUAGAGGCGUGCGCCGCCACGGGAAGCCUCCCAGCCCCACAACCUGGGGUGGGCCCAGGAAGCAGCAGAAGUCCACCCCUCUGGAACGCAGCCACCAUCAGAGACGCCUGACCAGUUCAGGAGGCUGGGUCCCUAUGAAAGAAUACAGCUCCGACCACCAGGCGGCGGACAUGGCCGAAAUAGACGCGCGCCUGAAGGCCUUGCAGGAAUAUAUGAACCGACUGGACACACGGUCGUGACCCCCACAGGGAGUACAGCCCCUCCAUCCCCCCCACAACUGGAUUCCGAGUGGGGGCGCUGGUCGGCUUGUCCAUCCAGCCCCACUCAGGCUCCUCCUCUGCUGGUGCUCACAGGGGGUUUCAGGUGUGUGAAGCCUUGAUUCCCCCCAACACACUGCAUGCUGGGAGGGAGGGUAUGUGCAUUUUGUAAAUAAACGUAUUUGCCUCUGGGA